GUCUUGAUAAAAACGCGGAGGACCGUGAGAGCUGCUUGAAAUUAAGGCAGGCUUUUGAGGAUUCUUGUCCAGCACAGUGGGUGAAGCACUUUGACCGGAAAAGAGACUACUUGAAGUUCAAGGCACGCAUCGAGAAAGAGGGGAUCCCAUCCCCUCCACCAGUUGUACCCAGGACUACAAGCCCAUUGCAGACUGUUACUCGGAGACAUAGAGUCUACAAAGAGCUGAUGGGGUAUAGAGAAGAGAAUUGCAAGAGUGCCGAAUUUUAAAAUUUGUGCAAGGAUAAGGAACUGAGCUGUUGUCAUAAUGAGGAAUAAAAAUAAAAUAUCUGAUAAUUUGACAUGCACUUCACUAGAAGAAGAAGCAGAUAUUUUAGAUCAAUUGAAAAGCUGCCAAAUUUAUUUUGAACGUGUUGCAAAUAACAUCUCUCUUAUAGAAAACAUAUCACAGUUUUAUGAUAAUUUCCGGCUUCUAAUUGGCAUCCUGCAGAAAUUAUCUUCAGGACUAGAGUGUUGUACAAGAGAAAUCAUCCGCGAUAUUAGCGUAUCAUUAAUAUAUAUAAUUGCUUCUUGUAGUCUACCACUUGAUGGCCAGAUGAUGUGUUCAACAGCCUUCUGUUCAGCUCUUCAUGCUGUGUCAAGCAUGCAUGAAAUGGAAAAUUUAUAUUUGUCAUAUCUGAAUACAGAAGGGGACAUUUUUUUUGGUUUUGGCUUGAACCUACAAAUUUUUAUACAAAAUGUAGAAGUCUUGAAAGUUUGUCUCUGUUACGGUAUAUUGAAGAGCAAUGAAGCAGCAAGUGUUUUAUAUGACAUGUCUUUAGAGGACAGUCCACUAAUUUAUGCAAUGUUGAACAUUCUGGAAAAUGGCUGUAUGAAGUACUCAAGACUGACAAGCAUAGCAUUCAAAGUGUUGGUGUUGUGGGUGAAAAAAGUGUGUUCAGAGCUCGAGUUCAAUAUGACAAGUGAUAUUUUGAGGAGGAUCUUUUCAGUCAUUAAUAGCAACUGGGAGAGUCCCAUCAGUGGUGUUAAGGAACAGAAUACCAAAAUAUUUGAACUCUUCUUAGAUGUGUCUUCAAGAAACAGAAUAGAUUUGCAUGAUCAAGAUACAUUACAGUCUGUAACAUCUCUGAUGCAUCAUACAAUGGAAGAACAGCCAUGGAAAAUGAAGAGCAAAUACUAUAUGUUGAGUGUGUUACUGCCAAGAUACGGCGUAAGAAAGGCAUUUUCAGAUUUUCCCGAUCUUGCUCCAGGUCUUGUUUCGAGCCUGUCUCAGAGCCACUUGGUAUCAGCUGGCAGUGAUGUUUAUAAGUGCUGUCUCAAUAACAUGAAUUCAGAUGAAUGGAUUAUUGUCUUCAUGACUUUAAUUACUGAAAUACUGACUGACAGAGAUGUCAUUAGCAUUAAAAAGCAGAAUGUGUUCAACUACUGGUUACCAAGCACAUUGAAGAGAUUUCCUCUGCUUCUGAACUUACUAUUGGAUCAAUUAGUUGACAUCUUACAAUCAUCUGGUUUGGAAAAUAUCAUUUUUUCUGUCAUUAGUUUAUUGAAACUUGGACAAAAAAGUGGCUUGUUUUUUAACACCUGGGAUGAAAAUUUUUCAAUCAGUUCUUUUAAAUUUUUGGACCUUCUGAAUUUUAUGAAUUCUGCCACUCAAAAUUCCAGUGAGACAGUCAGAGCUGAGGCAUUUGCAGUGGUCUGCAUAUCUUCUAAAACUUGUAUUAUACCUUCACUCAAAGAGUUUGAGUUGUUAAAGACAUUCUUGCUGGAAAAUGCAAACAUUGACAGUGCUUCUCUACGACAGGCAAUUUUGAAUUCAUUUACUUUGUUUCUUGCACGAAUAUGUGACUCUAGUCUUCGUGAAUUAAAAGUGGAAGAGAGAACACAAAAACCCAAGCAGCGUGCUAAGGAUAAGAAAUAUGUGUUUCUAAAUUCAGAAGAAAGUAAAGACAUUGACGGAACUCAAAUUUCACAAAACAUACAAUUCUUGAAUUGGCUGCAUAAUUUCCUCAUAUCUAAUCUUGAACCAGGAACUAAUUACCAGAGGAAAAUUCUUUCUCUGCAGCUUUAUAUGCUGGUGUUAUCUUAUUUUAGUGAACCAGCACAAAGGACAAAGGGAAGCUGUGUACUGAAAAGGAAAGGGGUGGCAUUAGAAGCUGAGGCAGUGAUGAAGUAUGCCCUGCAACUUGGAAAAUGGCAUUUUAAUUCUGAAAGAAGUCAUAAAACCUUAUUGAGUUGUGUUGUGGACCCCACUGCUGACAUCAGGGAAACUGCAGCCUUAAUUCUAAUGACAUAUUUCAGUUUCAAUGAAUCAAAUACUGAAGAGAAUAAACUUCUGCUAGAUUAUGCAUUGAGGCUUUGUAACAGCCCAGUAUUUUAUGAAAGAGAAAGUGGGGCUUUGCUUAUGAAAGUUCUUUGUAAGUGGACAUAUAAAAUGCCACCAAAGAAAUCUGAUGAAUUGGUUUUUAGUAUGGUGAACAAUAAAUAUAACAAAAGUUUGACCAGAAAUAGAAGCCGUAGUAGCAGCUUAAUGCUGUAUAAUCAACAAAAAUUGUUGGCUGGUCUUUAUAACAAGCCUAAUAGAUCUGUCCAUAGUAAAGUAGAAAUAAAAAAGAAAGUGCAUUGUAUACUAUUGAAAGAUGUUUGUGGUGUUGAGGUAUCUGACAAAAAUAUGGCAGUAGUGUCAAGAGAUGGAUUAGUUGAUAAGUCUACCACUUCUGGUAUUGAUAAAUCACAGCCUGACUCAUCUAUUAGCAGGAGAAAUAAUUUUCCUUUAGAGGUCCUUGACAAAGUUCGGCGCUCAUCUGCAUCAGAAGUGACCAGCCACCAGUCCAGUGAUCUCACACAAAAUAUACUUGAGGGACAGGUUGAGCAAGAUAGCUGGAAUAGGCAAACAGCAAAAGAAGAAGAAGAAGCAGAUUAUCAGAUUUCCGCGAGAUUAUUCAUGUUGACUGGAAGAACAAGAUUUUCAGGAAAUCCCUAUAAGAAUAAACAGGUUGAAGUGGCAUUGUCUUUAAAUUUACAUAAAUUUGAGGGCUUGCCUGUAAAGCAUGGUACAAAAGAUGAAAAACAUAACAAUCCAUCAAUGAAUAAGUUAAGAGACUUUAAAAAUUUGUCUGUUUGGAAUGCACACAGUUCUGCAUCAUCUUUGCCUGGAUAUCAAACCCCAAAAUUCCAACAGCCACACUGUUUUAAAUCAUCUGUAAUUAAUGAUACAGAUUUUCCUCUCUUGCAUGCAGGAUCAGGUGGUAGACAGCAUGAUAUUAGGAUUGUCUCUCAUCAGGAAAGCUUAGAAGUUGAUGUUCCUCAAUUUAGAUUUGAGUGCCAUUCUAUUUCCAAAGGAUUUUACACAUACAAAGAACAAAAUGUGAAACCAGAUGAUUGGGUGUUAUUCCCUUAUGAAGACUGGGGUUUAAGUGAAUCUCCAGAAGGAAAAAAUGUUCAAAAGUUUGAAACUAACAGUGGCACCUGUAGGUAUGAAGAUCCUUCCAAGAAUACCCAAGCAGUAUUGAGUUCUGAAAAUGUCAUACAGACUUAUGGAUCGGCACCGUUGUCAGUUUUUCUUCUAACACAGGCAGAUGCACAACUUACUUCACUGAAAGGAGACAUCUUUCAGGCAGCCUCCUCUGGUUCUCCACUUCAUGGUACCAUCACUGCUUUAAUUCACCUUGCUACACAGUCAGAUGGACCAGAAUGUGGAUGCAUGUCUGUAGAGGAAGUGAACAGAACAGUCACUUUGUUGGAACAAACAGUCUCCUUCUUUCUAGACUUCCUGGCAGCAAAAUCAGCCAGUACUGCAGGUGUUGCACCUUCAUUUGCUGAGAUGGAUGAGGCUAUACAAAGCAGUAUACAGGAGUCGCUGUCAGAUUUGGCAUCAGUAGAUGAAGAAGGAAUGCAGCUAUCUCCAGCUCACCAAUUGGUUUUCAGUUGUAUCUGGCUGAAUUUGAAAGCUUGCUGUACUCUAGCAAGUGGCCUAGUCUGUAGUGCAAAUUGCAGUAUAGCAACAGUAAAGCGCUGUGGAAGACUAAUUACUCAGGUUCUCACUCGGUGCCGGCAUAAAGGAGCCAUAGAGUCUGCUGGAGUUGCCUUGUCCACAUUUGUGAAGACUGUCACAUCUCAGACUGCAGAUUGUAAUCCAACUUGUGAUAAAGAUGUGCAGUUGAUGUUGGGACAAAUACUGGCUGAAUUUUUGGGCUCUGUGGCAUGUGGGGGCCUUAAAGCAUCAGUCACCAGACGUUCUGCUGGAUUGUCAAUUCUUAUUCAUAAAAUUGUGGCAAGUGAUAUGCAGACUGGCAAGCCACUUCUUCACAUGUGUGUAUCGCAACUUCUGGAAAUAGCCAGAGCUCCCUUGGGCAGUAGGAUUAGUUCUGAACCAGAAUCAGUGUUAGUAGACCUCCCACAAGCACAGGCACUGCACUUCUUGAGAAUACUGGUACAAGAUUCAUCAUUGAGACAAGACAUGGCUCAGUAUAUGAGUUCAGUAACAAUAAUAUGCUUCAGCAACUUCUCGUCCUCGGUGUGGACAGUCAGAAAUGCAGCAUUACAGUUAUCUGGUGCACUUAUUCCAAAACUUGUAGGACAGAAGAAAAUUCAGGAUGAGGAACUGACCUUAGGAAGUGGUGUCAGUGUUGAAGAGUUUUUUAGCCACUUUCCGGAACUGACUGACUUUAUGUUAGUCUCCCUACAGCAAGCUGCAAAUUGCUGUCCAUCUCAAACUUUGAAACAACAUGCAGAUCUAAUUCCUAUGCUGUCUCUGCUAGCAAAAGUUACUGUAGGCAUUGAAAUAUUUAUCAGUGUGCCAUUGGUUGAAAUGAUUGCCCAGUAUCGUGUUUGUUUUCUGCAACUGAUUUCCAGUCCUAUUUAUCAUGUUCGCAAAUUGGCAGCAAAAGCAUAUGAAAGGUUUGUGCCAUUUUCCAGCACCUGUCAAACCAUUGUGGCUAUUGCAGAUAAAUUACAGGUUCACAAAGAUUGUGAUGGAACACAUUCCAGUUAUUUUGUUGUUGGAGAAAAUGUUCUUAAUGGAAUUUUAUUGACACUAAAAUAUCUUCUGGAGAAGUUAAAUCACGACAGUCAAAAUACAUCGGAAUUUGAGUCCAAGAUGCUUGAAGUGAUUAAAAAAUUGAAAGAUGCUCUCAAAAAUUACAUGAACUUGGAUUCCUGCUCAUUUUUCAACAGGUUCUUACUUCUUGAGUUAAUUGAAGAUAAAAUUAAUACUGUAGGGACAGCAUACAUUUCAGCUAAUGAAGCAUAUGAAAGGAUGUUAGAUGUACACAAGACAUUGCAGAAUGAUAACAUUAAGAAUUCAUUAAAACCUGGGCUCUCUCUUUGGGCUGCCAAAGUCAUAGAAGUGGUUGUGAGGAAAUGUUGCCCAUAUCAUCUUGUUUCCACAUGGUACAAUUCAUAUAUGCUGUUCAGUCAGUGCCCAGAUAUUGUAACAUCAUCUUUUAUGAGUCUAAAAUGGAGGCUUCUUCAUGAUGAAAAAAUCAGUGUUGCUACAAAAGCUUCAUUAUUUAUUGCUAUUUUGAAAGUUUGCUUAGAAGUUGCCAAGGACUGUCAUGCUUUAUUUCCAUUGCUUGAUGUAAUGCUUGUGUUAAUACAAGAUACGAAGGUUCAUGUUGUUAUAACUUUCGAAGAGUUGCAUAAGAUCUAUAUGUGGUCUUUGAGUGACAGCAGAAACAAAUCUGAAUAUAGUAAGAUAGCCCUUCCAGUGGUUGCUGGGCUUCUUUCACAGUACUUUGGCCAUGGAAAUUGCAUUGGAUUAUCAACUGAAACUUUAGAAUUUGUACUGAAAUUUGCACUCUGUAUCAAAGACAGAAGUGAUGUAAUGAAGUUUGAAGAAGAUUUUAGGUUUAGUGCUGCAAGGGCCAUGAAUCUUUUAGUUCCAUCACUUCGGGAAAUUUUUGCACAAAGUUCCAGAGAAUUCUCUACAGAAGAAGUGUGUAAAGAGAUUAUUGAAAUCCUUUUGGAUGUUGUGCUUACCUUGCUUCAAGAUGAAGAUCAUGUUGUACGAAAAGAAGCAGCAAAAUUUAUUCCUGCAUAUUCCACUGAAAUGAAUAAAAAGUCAACAUCCUUGAAGAUGAAUCCAUAUUCUAGUCUCAUGAAACUAGUGGAACCAAAUAUACUCCUUACAUUGUUAACAGUUCCACAAGCAAUGGACUUUCUGUGGAAGAAGCUGCUUUAUACAUAUGAUGUUCACAGCAUUGAAAUAAAACAUUACCACUACUAUCAUGAAAACUGUAGCAUUAAUAGCCCUUUUGACCAUGGGAAAAACAACAUCUACAGUGAAGAAACAAAGAUGAUAGAUCUGUUUGGGAAGAGCCUCCUGGAAAUAAUUAAGGUUGCAAACAGAAGAGAGAGAGAUGGAUUGACAAAAUUGAUCAAAUCCAGAUAUGUAAAGUUUAAAGAUGAUGUAGGAACAGUAUUAUCUCUGUUGAAAAGAAUAGAAUCUUGUGGUAUUGUUUAUGCUUCGUCAGAGAAUGAAUCUUGUUAUAUUGUUGCGAAGAAACUCCUGUAUCAAUCAGAAGUGAUGGCUGCUCUAAAAAUUAUGGGAAACUGUGAAAUGGAAAUAAUGGUAGAACUACAGAAAUUCUUUAAGUUUUUCACAAAUUAAAGCAUUCUCUGGUGCACCAAAGGAAAUUUUCAUGUUGCAAACAGUAUAAACAUUACUGGUCAUGUUAUUUGCCUUGUAAUAUAUACCUUGUUUGUACCUCAUUAUAUUGUAACAUAUCCUGGAAGAAAAUGUAUUAAUAUAUCCCAUGAUAUGUAGUUCACUGUGAUAACACACUUUUGUUUCUUCGUAAUUUUUGUAUUUUAACUGAAUUCAGAAAGAUACAGUUAGUGGAAAUAUUGGUAGGCCAAUUGAAAAUAUGUUUGUUCACAAGUUAGUCUAUUUGAAAGGUGCAUUUAUAAGGGGGCUGAAUUGAUAUUUUAACAUUUAUCAUCCAUCUGUCACAUUGUUAGGCAUGUUCCAUCUGGAAUUGCAUCAUCCUAGUAUAUGGUUAAGUAGGCCUUUAUUUAGAGCCAUUUUAUAGCAAUUAUGAUGCUGCAAAUGUGUUUACUACUGUUUACAGUAGUCCAAUAUUCUUUGUACCUGUGAUUUAUUUAUCAUUUUCAACCUUGUGAAGGUUAUUUUUACAGAAAAAUUGUAAAAUUACAGUCAUGUGGUCAUGACAUUGUCACAUAGUCAAGGUCUUGUCAGUUCCUUAUGAAUGUAAGCCAGAAGGAAUAUUAAAAAUGCUGAAAUAGUAUUUCA